UUGAGGGGAGCGCUUAUAUUUAAAUCAUUUUUAAAAUUCAGGCUAUGUCCUAUUUUCGGGAAAACAAUCAAUUUAUUGGUGUAUUAAAAUAAAUAGUAUUUCUUGGGAUUCUAUUGAGGAUUUCGGUAUUGACAAUAACGAAUUCAAAAAUUCAAUCAGAAAUUAAAUAUAAUCGGGCAGUUUUCCAUACAUUUUAUGUCCCGAGAUUGCCGUGGUAUUUUAGAUUAAUAUUGCUUUCAUGUUUUCGUAAGUUGACCCAACCUUAAGUUACGUUGAACAAAUUUGAAUGAAUCUUUCUAAGCAUUUUGAAUGCUGGUAUGAGUCAUGGAUAGAAUAUUUUGCGCAACAAAAAAUCCUCCUCUGAAAAGGUCGAUUAUUUUAAUUAUUGUUAUCAAAAUUAUUUGCCAAAAAGCGCGAAGAAGAGGCCUCAAAAACGAGAAACUUGGUGUUCGUUUAUUCAAUAUAUAUCGUUUGUUAAGAAUCCGUUAUUUAUUCAAACUCUUUUUGUCCUUUCAUGACAUAAGUCCACAAAAAAAUAUUAUGACGUAACAAAUAAGUGAGCUUUCGAUAAAUUUUGUCAAGAGCGCAGCAUUCAUUUGGCUACAUUCUUACGUAAUUUAGUUCGUCUGUGCCGCCCUUUUUCUUCAUUUCUGCUUGAUUUAUGAAGUGUUUACAACUCAUGUUGGUCACAGUUACUUGGUAACUUAUUGUUACAAGUUGACUUCGAAAUAAAUAUAAGCGAUUAGGGAAGGGAAUACAAAAGAGAAGUGCAGAAAACAACCUAUUCCGUGAUUGGGAUGCCAUUGUCGAAGAUUUUUUGUGUGCUAAUAACUUUGCAACCGCAUUACUCUCCAUGUUUUCAUCUACAUAUUAUGCUUUUGAAUCUCUGUUCUCAGUUAUGAACUUUAUUAGGUCUCGUACCAGGAGUAGCAUGAAAGAUGAAACCAGUAGUUCGUGUAAUUCUUCGAAAGUUACAAAAUAUAAACCCAAUGUAAAAUAUCUAUUAGCGGUAAUGCAGCAGCAGAAGUAUCACUGACAUAGAAUAAGAAAAGUAAUCAAAUUUAUUUACGGACUGAUAUUUUCCCGAAAAGUGAAUCUGUCUGUACAUGUUUAAAAGGUUUAUUAUUGUGUAUUUUUGCUUUGAAGGUAGCAAAUCGUGGUUUUUAAUAUUGGGCGACACGCAGGAGAAUUUUGUCGUUAAAUUUAGCCGAUUUUGGCACGCGAGCCGAAAAAGGUUGUCCACCCCUGUGCUAGGUAUUACGUAAAAAUGCAUUAAUAAUGAGAGCGAUUUUGCGUUCAUGCUUGACUCACUAUAAUCCACGUAACUUGCCUUUUAAUGGUUGACGUUAAAUGUUUCCAUUGGUUCAGUACUCACUGAUAUAACCUUGAGCUCUUUUGUACAUGCUUUUUACAUAUUACAUAAAAUAGCACGCUUUUGCUUACCUAUAUCGCUGAUAUAAAUUUUCUAUCAUACUACAUUACGUUAUUACAAACCCACAAAACAAAAUAAUAUUUUCAUCGUCCAAAAUAUUGCCAGCGUAAAAUGUCUGAAAUAUUGUACAAUCGUGUCAAAAUAUUGUAAGUUGAACGUAGAAUCGAAAAGUAUAUACAAUGUAUAUUAUUGAACAUCAUGCUGGGAAUGUUUGCUAUGGAUUUUAAUGUUAUUUAACCCCUUUGUAAUAUUAGAAUGUUGAAUUCAAUAAAAAGAGGUUAUUUUGGCCUAUUUCUAUAAUGGUGAUUCAUCGCAACAAGCCCUUUGCCUGCAUGCAGUGCCUCGGUGUACCGAGCGAUCAAUAACGUGUUUCCGGCCUCUUUACGACAAAUGAGAAAAUAGUGUUUUUCAUGUUUUUCUUUGUUGCAUUGCUUAUUCGGAUUACUGCAUAACUUGUAUUAAGAUAUAAGUGUAUAUUUGAAUAUAUCUGUAUUUGGAUCAUUUCAAUUCGAUCGUAUAACUCGGCAAUAUACGAACAUUUGUCACUGCAAUAUAUUGUGUGCUCAUUUAACCUCUGAAGAAGUCAAGUUGGGGUUUACUCCGCUAAGCAAUACGUGGUGGCCAGAUAAAAAGACAAGGUUGUAUUCGUAUGACAUGCGGUGCGGUAAAUAUAAUACAGGAACGAUUUCCUAAAGUAAUCAGCGCGUCAUAAAAGGGCAAAUUUUGUCGCUUGAUAUGAUACCUUUCAGGAGGAUGUGAUGGAAGGCAUACUGCUAGAAUUUGACUGUGUUGCAAUUUGGCAGUAACUGCAAUAAUGGUAGCGAAAACCUUUUCAUGUUGUUUCCUUCUAUUCCUGUCACCUGCAAUCACAUUGUCGACAGCGACUGACACUUGUGAGUCUGUAGGAGAAAUCUGUAGACAGUAUGAAUUCUCUACGAUUGAGGAACUUAGGGAAAAACUUGAAAAUGACGAAGAGUUGUUUAAAUAUGUUAGUAAACAACUUGAAAAUAACAUGGAAGUUAACAUCAAUUCUGCACUGACAACUCCAACAACCCUUUUAACGCAAAAUGGCUUCUACAAGGAAUGUAACGGUCUUUGGUAUAAGUAUUUUAAGAAACCCAAAACUUAUAAAAGAGCGGAUGACAAAUGCCGAAAAUACAAUGGCCAACUCAUCUCGACUGGAUAUCGCGAUUUCGAUAUUCGGAGGUCUCUACUUGGACUUAUUCAUGGCGGAAAUACAACAUUAGAAUCAGAAUUCUGGAUCGGACUACGUAGAAGCAAUACAAACACUAGUUUGUGGAUUUGGAAUGACGGAAUUCAAACAACAAAUACAUCUGAUAUGUGGAUGGAUAAGGAACCAAACAAUAGUAAUAACCAUGAAUUUUGCGGGAUGAAUAAACCCUCAACAUCAGGAAAUAAAACAGUGAACGACGUAAGCUGCGACAAAAAAUUUGCUUAUUUUUGCGAAGUAGAAAUAAAGUAGAGUUAUAUGAAACUGCUAAAAACGUAUACUUGAACAUUCGUCUAUAUGACAGAAAACGAGAUAUUUUUUAAUUUCAUUUUUCUUUUCUUUUUUAGCAAAUCUUAUAUAUAUUAUAUAGUGCAAUUCUUAUAUAUAGCAACUUUCUUUUCAUUUCAUCAUUUCACUCAAAUUUUGUUGACAUUGCGGUUGCCGCAUUCGUGCCCACGUAUUUGAAUAAUAGUUGUUUUUUGUCUUCUGUAUUAGCUACUAAUCGAGUUUCACUUUUUUAACAUUGUUUAUAGUAUGACUUAAUAAAACAAUGUGUUAAUAUUGAUGUCACAAAUGAACUAACAUUCACAUUUGGCAUCCAAAUUCCAUCGAAUUUUUUGUUAUGCUCUAGCACAGAGGUUCCCAAUCCAGGUUACAUAUGUACUUUUUUUUUCAAUUUUACGCGUGACAACGAUGGGCCACCAUACAUGUGCAACUCUCGAUGACAAUAUGGUCAAUGAAGACAGUCAGGGUGACUUUAAAUGUGGGCCUAUGUAGUAAAAACGGAAACUGUAAAGUUACAGAAUCACAGCUAAAGGAUCGUGUCUUUGGAAGUGUCCCGCUUUGAAGUCAAAAAAAUAUGGUAACCCUACCUACAAGUAAAGCUAAAUUUGCCGCUUUCCAACAAAAGUCUGGCGUUUUUCUUGGUAAAUCGUAAUACCUAAUUUUAUUCCAUGAUAUUUUUGAAUAUUCAAUUCCGAAAUUAUUGAUAAAUCUUUGAUUUAGAACUACCUUUUUUGAUUCCAUAUUAGAAGCUAUUAAUCUUAAAUAAAGAAAUUUAGUUUUGGAUUUUAAAUUUCAAUUAUUUUCAGAAAAUAGAUCAUAAGUUUGGUUGAUUUGACAGUUUGAUUGAUGGGGCCAUGUUUGAAUAUUAGGUAUGAUAUCUCUUUUAAAUAUUUCUACUCUGUUCUGAAAUCUAUGUAUGUUACUGGAUGUAUUGUUGCCUAUUCGCAAAGCCAGUUGCGAAUUUUCCACAUAAAAUAAAUCUCCAAGUGUUAUAAUCCCAUUUCUGAUCUAAUUUUUAUAUUCAAAUGGGUAAGACAAACUUCCAAGAAUAGUAUUGUACCAGAUAUAUUCUUUACAAAUAUCAUGAAAAUUGUAUGGUAGAAUAGUUCUUACAAAAUUAAGUUGUGUAUUAUCAUUUCCUUAUAAAAUUGAGGUAUUUCGUUUGAUCCAUACAUGAAAUGAUAAACGUAAUAUCUUUGCAUCACUGAAAUUAAUCAAACAUUGUCAACAAUCUAGAUUAACCGAUGAUCAUGUGACCUCGUUAAUUAGAGUUGGUACUGUAAAAUCAUU